UCUGACGUCAGCUCUGGGGAGUGUAAACGCACACGCGCCUUUAGUUGGGGAAAGAGCCCAUUCUCAACUUUCCGUAAAGGAAACGAUUUCAGAAGUUUUUCUCCUUCCGUUAUCUCUGCUUGCUUUUGGACAAUGCGCGACCCACACAUGUCCGUGUGUUGACAGCGCUGGACACUCUGUGUGUGUGGUGUAUACUACAGUUGCGUCUUUCCCCGACUCACCUAUAGAGCGUAGGCCUAAACAGGUAGGCCAGGUAGGCUACGGGAGCGAAAUCCGGAAGAACAAGCACAUCUGAUUGUUCACACUAUUUUUCUCUUACCUCUGCAACUUAACUUCUCCCAAUAACGUUUGCAGUUUUGAUAAUUCUUCUUCGGAGAGAGUAGAAGCGUGAAGAUGGAGCUACCAGUUCCCAAGAAAAAUAUGCUGAUUCUAGUUGAUGUUUUCUGUGUGGUUAUCGCGGCCCUUCCGUCAGCGGUCUUGACGUUAAUGUUCAGCCCGUACCAGAGGGGUAUCUACUGUGAUGACGAGAGCAUCAGAUAUCCUUACAGAAGAGACACCAUCUCGCACAGGGCAAUGGCUGCAGUCACCAUCCCCUCCUCCAUAGUCAUAAUAACUACAGGAGAAGCGUACCUGGUCUACUCCAAGCGUCUCCACUCCAACUCUAACUUUAACCAGUACAUGUCAGCUCUCUACAAGGUGGUGGGGACCUUCCUGUUUGGAGCAGCUGUGAGCCAAUCACUGACUGACCUGGCCAAGUUCACCAUCGGCAGGCCACGCCCUAACUUCCUGUCUGUGUGUAAUCCCACUGUUUGUUCUGGGUACAUGCUGCAACUCAACUGUACUGGCAACCCUCGAAACGUCACUGAGUCCAGAUUGUCGUUUUACUCCGGACACUCUGCCUUCGGGAUGUACAGCAUGCUGUUUCUAGCAUUGUAUGUGCAAGCACGUAUGCAGGGGAAGUGGACUCGUCUGGUCAGACCCACAGUGCAGUUCUUCCUCGUGGCGUUUGCGUUGUACGUUGGAUACACACGGGUUAGCGACUACAAACACCACUGGAGCGACGUACUGGUGGGACUGCUGCAGGGAACUCUCAUCGCUGUGCUCAACGUUUGCUACGUCUCUGAUUUCUUUAAGCUCCGCCCCCCUCCUCGCUGCCCACGAUCAGAGACGGCUGAAGACGAACACCUAGAGGCCAAACCUGGCGUGAACCCAGACACACAACUACACAACAACCACUACAACUAUACAACUACUACAGCCUGAACACAGACUAACAACUACACUGCAACUACACAACAACCUCUACACAACAAUCAUGGCAACCGUGGGGAAGGGGCGGCGACAGGAAUUUGUUGGUGGGUAGGCCUGCAGAAAUUUGGGUGGGCAAUUUUUUCAAAUUAAAAUGUUUUGUUAACUAACUUCCUGCAAUGUUGCCAUGUGGCCAAGAGAGAAAUGUACCGUUUUAUAGCUGUCUAUGAAUUCUAUCUGAUGAUGUUUGCAUGUUUAGGUAAAAAGACGACAAAUAAUUAGAGCCCGACCCCGCAUUGGAUUUUUGGGUCCGAUACCGAUUUUGAGGGAGGGAAAAGUCACAGAUUACUGAUAUCUGUCGAUUUAUUGUUUUUUUUAGAGGUUGAAUGAAAAACGGACCAAAUUGUGCUACAAAGGAUCAACAGAUACUCUAAAUGACCAUUUUUUAACUAAAUAUUAUAGUUAACAUUAUUUAAGAACAUUUUAUGUGGUUUACAGGAGAUCCAUCAAAAAGCAAUUAGGUUCUCUAUAAAUUCGACAGUGAAUACAAAGCUUGUUUAGUUGACUUUCUUAGGUGCAACUUAAAAAUGUCUAUGGCAGUGGAAAAGAGGUAUGAAAAAGUAUUUGUGCUAAACCACCAUAAGGGUGAGUAGAUUUUACUCGUGUUUUACAGCAGUCAAAGGUCAUGGAAACAAACACUUUAUGGUCCACCUUGCAAUGAGAGUACUUACGACAAGCACACGCUAGCUGUUCAUUACGACAAUGUUUUCUUAAAGAAACCAUAUUUACAUAACACUGUUAUUCAAUACAAAAUGAAUUGGCUAUACAUUUCAACUGCAAAUGGCAUGCGCUGAUGACUGAAAAUGUUUAUGCGUGCAAAUUCUUGCUGCACUGGUUUUUGUCACACGUUCUAAUUUCGCGAGCUAGCUAACAUUAGCUACUUAUCUCAUAAUGAAUGCAAGCACAUGGCCUGAAUGAUAGACCUGCGCCAAGUGUCUUGUUUUUUGCAGAUUGCAUAUUUCAGAAAACUAACUAAAUUAGCCCACUAGCUAACAUAAUAGGCCCUGACAUUAUCGGUCUUCUAUUUGUAUCAAGGACGAGUGUUCACUUUGGCGCCAGUCCAGUGUUGGCACAUACGUAGCACAGAUUGCUGGCUAGAUAGCUAAGCUAACUACCUUUCUGGUUAGCUAGCCAGCUAACGUUAACAAAGUGAGAAUGUGAUGAGGACAGGGCUGCUUGCUUGGUGAAGUGUACUUUUGAUUAUUUACUCAUGCUGGCUGUGGCAAGCUACUCAAGCUACAAACCACCAUGUCUACUUUCCCUCACAUUGUGGACUAGGGCUGAAUGAUGUUCAAUGAGCAGCUGGUAGAGUGCCCUCUUUAGGCAACCAUUGAAAAUGGAGCAGACAUAUUUGUUUAUUAUAUGUAUAUAAUAUGGGCACUUUAUCUGUGGAAUAAAGGCAGAUAAAAAUAUCGGACGAUUAAUAUCGGUCAACCGAUUUUUAUCGGUUGGGCCCUACAAAUAAUGUCCCAUUUGGAACACUGACAAGGAAAGAGCAGUACUUACAAAAUAUAUAUAUAUCUAGAAAGAAAAUAGGUUUUUGCUCCCAGUGGGGGCACCCAUGGGCCAACCCAUGCCUACGCCCCUGCCGUGUGGCUGUCUGUGUGAGAGAAGUGUGUAUACCAGUGACUAGAAUAAAUGGAACGUAUCAAACACCUCAA